AGGGGGGCGGGACCCCAGCCCGCUCACGCCGGAAGUGGUUUGCGUUUUCAAGAUGGCGACUCCCUAUGUAACUGACGAGACCGGCGGCAAGUACAUCGCUUCAACACAGCGACCUGACGGGACCUGGCGAAAGCAGCGGAGGGUGAAAGAAGGCUAUGUGCCCCAGGAGGAGGUCCCAGUGUAUGAGAACAAGUAUGUGAAGUUUUUCAAGAGUAAACCAGAAUUGCCCCCCGGCCUGAGCCCAGAGGCCACUGCCUCCGUCACCGCAUCCAGGCCUGAAGGCGGUGAGCCCGCCCUCUCCAAGACCGCCAAACGCAACCUGAAGAGGAAGGAGAAGAGGCGGCAGCAGCAAGAGAAAGGGGAGGCGGAGGCCUUGAGCCGGACUCUUGAGAAGGUGUCCCUGGGAGAGACAGCCCAGGUCCCCAGUGCCCCACAGGCCUCCCGGGCAGCGCCUACGGCCGCCUCAGACCAGCCCGACUCAGCUGCCACCACUGAGAAGGCCAAGAAGAUAAAGAACCUAAAGAAGAAGCUUCGGCAGGUGGAAGAGCUGCAGCAGCGGAUCCAGGCUGGAGAGAUCAGCCAGCCCAGCAGAGAGCAGCUGGAGAAGCUAGCGAGGAGGAGGGCGUUGGAGGAGGAGCUUGAGGACUUGGAGCUGGGCCUGUGAGGCCCUGGGGAUUAGGGGAUGGACCGCAGAAUAAACCGUGGGCUCUCUGGGGUCCGGGGGAGCGUGGGCAGCAGCAGCCGGCAGGGGUGUCCCCGGACUGGCUCACUUCCACUUCUCAUGGCCCGACUCCGUCCUCCAGAGCCUAGCCUCUCCCUCAUUCCUUCCCUUUUGUCCCUAACUCCUGUUUUUUUGGACUUCUCUCUCUCUCUCUCCUAUCCCCAGUGUUCACGAUCUCAGUGACUAUCCCAGGUACCUUUGCUGCUGAUUUGGGUGUCUUGUUUAAAAGAAAAUUGGGUGGGUGGGAGUCUCUUGGAGAACUGAGGUUGAGGACUGGGGGAGCACGCCCAAGUCUUGGAGUCUUGGUUCCUGUUCACAGUGUUUAUGGGUUAUCUCCCCUUCCAUCCCUCACCUCUUUUUUUUUUUUUUUUUUCCUUUUUUUAAAAAGAACAGAAUAAACUCAAGUAGACAACAUGUC